UCGCCGCACGCGUCAACCCCAUUUCCUCGCCGCCGCCUCCUGCUCCUGCUCCCUCUGCUGCUGCUGCUGCUGCUCGCUCUACUCCAAGCUUAGCCCGCUACGCCGCCGCCAUGGAUGAGGAGUACGACGUCAUCGUGCUGGGGACGGGCCUCAAGGAGUGCAUCCUCAGCGGCCUCCUCUCCGUCGACGGCCUCAAGGUGUUGCACAUGGACAGAAAUGACUACUAUGGGGGAGAUUCCACCUCGCUCAACCUUAACCAGCUGUGGAAGAGGUUUAGAGGAGAAGACAAACCACCAGCUCAUCUGGGUGCAAGCAGAGAUUACAAUGUGGAUAUGGUCCCAAAGUUUAUGAUGGCAAAUGGGACAUUGGUUAGGACCCUCAUUCACACUGAUGUAACAAAGUAUUUGUCAUUCAAAGCUGUUGACGGGAGCUAUGUCUUCAGCAAAGGGAAGAUUCACAAGGUACCUGCUACUGACAUGGAGGCUCUGAAGUCCCCUUUGAUGGGGCUUUUUGAGAAACGCAGAGCAAGGAACUUCUUCAUUUACGUCCAAGAUUACGAUGAAGCUGAUCCAAAAACACAUCAAGGCUUGGAUCUUACUACAAUGACAACUAGAGAACUGAUAGCAAAAUAUGGGUUAAGUGAUGAUACUGUGGAUUUCAUUGGCCAUGCACUCGCUCUUCAUAGAGAUGACCGUUACCUAAAUGAUCCAGCAAUUGAUACUGUAAAAAGGAUGAAACUAUAUGCAGAGUCCCUUGCACGCUUUCAAGGGGGUUCACCUUAUAUUUAUCCACUGUAUGGGCUGGGUGAGCUGCCACAGGGUUUUGCUCGUCUAAGUGCUGUUUAUGGUGGCACUUACAUGUUAAAUAAGCCAGACUGCAAGGUUGAAUUUGAUAUGGAAGGGAAAGUCUGUGGUGUUACAUCGGAAGGUGAAACUGCAAAAUGCAAGAAAGUUGUUUGUGACCCUUCCUACUUACCCAACAAGGUUAGGAAGAUAGGAAGAGUUGCACGUGCUAUUGCUAUUAUGAGCCACCCAAUCGGAAGCACAAAUGAGUCUCACUCAGUCCAGAUUAUUUUGCCACAGAAACAACUUGGACGCAAGUCAGACAUGUAUGUCUUCUGUUGCUCAUACACACACAAUGUCGCUCCAAAAGGGAAGUUCAUUGCAUUUGUGUCUACAGAAGCAGAGACUGACAAUCCAGAGUCUGAGCUAAAGCCCGGAAUUGAUCUACUUGGUCCAGUAGAUGAGCUAUUCUUUGAUACAUAUGAUAGAUAUGAACCUGUGAAUGAGCCAUCUCUUGAUAAUUGUUUUGUCUCAACUAGCUAUGAUGCCACCACACAUUUUGAGACAACGGUGACGGACGUUCUUAACAUGUAUACAAUGAUCACCGGAAAGACUGUUGAUCUGAGUGUCGAUUUGAGUGCUGCCAGUGCCGCUGAAGAAUAUUAGAUUCCAAAAUCAAAAUUCAAUCAUUCAAAGAGACUGCUAUUCCUUGGUGAGCACCACAGAACAGACCAUAACGAAUGACUGGGGAUGUUAUUCGAGCUCCAGAUUAUAUUCAGUGUUCUGGCGGUAGCAUGUUUGUUGCUAUGAGUAAUAUGCAAAACUGUUGCUUAAAAAACAUGACUGAACGAUGGUGGUUUUAUUUGCUACUUCAGUAAUGAUCGAAUGGUGUAAACAGUGUGCACAGUGAAGUGAUGACUGGGGGGCGCUUUCCGACUAAUGUAUCAUAACUGUCGGUAUUUUUUUUUUGUAUGACUGUUUUUGCAAUGCUGUGUUAGAUCAUCCCAACAGCUCAUCUAAAUUUGAUCAUCUAUAUCUUUA